CAGUCACUGCAAAUGUUGUUUUUACUGUGGUGAGUAAAGCUGUCAAGUUAAAAGUCCAGUAUCUGUCUCUGACAUGUAGAGGACAGGGGGUAAAGUUGUAUAAAAUGCAAAUACUCGAGUAAAGUACCAGAGAAGUAUCAAUAAGUAAAAGUACUACACUAAUGAAACUAAUUUAUGUCCCAUGUUCUGCAGCUGAGAUGAAUCUGAACGAGUACUUCAACAGAAUCGGGUUCCACGGCUCCUACGAAAAACCAGAUCUAGAGACGCUGGUGCAGAUCCACAAACAUCAUGUGAUGUCGAUUCCCUUUGAGAACCUCAGCAUCCACUGCGGUGAGCAGAUCACCAUGGACCUCCAGGUCAUUUUCCAUAAGAUUGUGAGGUGCGGUCGCGGGGGCUGGUGUAUGGAGAACAACCUCCUGUUCUGGUGGGUUCUCAGGGAAAUGGGCUACGAUACCACGAUGCUGGGCUGCAGGGUCUAUGAUGGACACCUUGGGGACUUCGGCAAACUUGACACCCACCUCAUCAACAAGGUGGUCAUCAGCGGCGAGACGUUUGUGACUGAUGUGAGCUUUGGCGUGUCGUACCAGCUGCGGGAGCCUCUGGAGCUGGUCUCAAACAAGGACCAGCCUCAGGCGGCGGGGGUGUUCCGUCUCAUGGACAAAGGAGAUGUCUGGGUCCUGGAGAAGACCGGCAGGAAGCCACAGGUUCUAGAUCCAGAAUUUGCUAAAUCUGGUCUGGUGUCCACGGAGCUAACCAAGCCCAUCUACUGCUUCACGAUGCAGCCGCGUAAUGCAGAUCAUUUCUCCGAUGUUUGCCACUUUCUCCAGACGGAUCCCAGUUCUCUGUUCACCAAUAAAUCUAUCUGCUCAUUGCAGACGUCCACGGGGUUCAGAGCCCUGAUAGGCUGGACGUACAGUGACGUCACCUUCAAACCCGAGGACGGGGUGGACGUGAUGGACAUAAGAUGUAUUGCUGAUGACGCCAUAGAGGAGAUCCUGAGAGAAAACUUCAAUAUGAAACUGGAGACGAGACUAAAACCUGUCAACAAUAAAGUAACAUACAAACUCUGAGACGCAGAGUUCAGGUUCAACGAGACGAGUAGAAGACCUCACCGAGACCAGAGACCGAGAAAGACCAGAGGACAAGGAAGAGACACGACAAAGAUGUAAGAAGAUGAAAACAAGACCAGAAGGAUGUGAGAGACGUGAUGAGAUGAAGACAACUUAAAAGAAACAAGACCUGGAGGACGCAACAAGACAAGUAUGACCUAAAAGACUGAACAACAACAAUGGAAAAGCCAAACAAGAAGAAAAUGAUGUAAAAAGACAUAAAAAGAUGAAAUAAAAUAAGAGUGAUGUAAAAGAUGAAAACAACUUAAAAGAAACAACAGGAUCUAAAUGACACAGAGAGAUGAAAACCACAUAAAAGACCAAAUGAAAACUACAUUAAAGAUGAAACAAAACAUAGCGAGACAGAAAUGAUGAAGACAUGGACAACUUAACACAUGGUUUUAACGAUGAAAGAGUCAGUGAAAACAUGGACAUUAAGGACAUUCAUUUUGUACUUUGUGAAUUGUGCUUUUUUUCCUGACAGAAUUACAUCAGAGUAAUUUAACAUGAAGAUCUGACACUUUAAUUCUAAUACUUUACUAUUA